ACUUGGGGUAGUAACUGAGUUUGCAGUGACAGAGACAAGCAGGCAAAACCGCUUGAUUUUGGGAAUUACACGGCAGCCGAAGAAGACCAGGUCACUUCUUUUUCCGAUCUUAUUCCUUUUUCGCCCAUUUUAAUUUAAUUGUAAGCUGCGCGUGUGAGUGUGGGGAUCUCCGAGAUCAGAGAAAGUGCUGAGGAAAACUUUUAAGAGCAGCGAAACAAUAGAUAAAAUUUACACGUUAAACUUUAUUCUUUACUUCUUUUUAUAAAUGACAGUGACACUGGAUGUGGUUGGGACUGCUCAGUCGGGGAUCUUCUCAACCCCUUGAUAGGCUAGUAGAGGGAAAGAUAACUGUAAUCUGGGCACUCCCAGAACCCUGAAAGAAAUGUGAUUCUCUUCAGGUAAUUAAUGGAAAAUAUUACACUUUAAAACACAGAACUACAUCGGUGAAAUAGCUUUCAUAAACAAUCGGAUGGACACACAUCCCUUGGACUUAUUAACUUUCUGUACUGAAGAGAUUUGUGCGCUGUGGCUGCCAUGACAUAACGGGACACUUAACGGGAAAAUAAGCUGCGGAAUAUUUCUGCAAUGACCGGAUGAUGUGUGUUCAUUGUUGAGCAUAGGACUUCCAACUGGAUCAUCCAUUCCACACAUAGAAACUCAUUUUAUUACUUAUUGUCCUGUCUUAAACACUUUGAGAACUUCAUGGUGGAGAUAUGGGAUGACUGGAGGCGGGGGUGCAGCUGAGGUGAGAUCCAGGAGAAGGACAAUGUUUGCGCCCGGCAUUGGCAUCCCUUUGCUGCCGGGGCAUCUGGUACUGAUGCUGCUCCUGCUGUCCGCCUCCGAGCUAAGGCUCUCCCAAGCUUGCCCUGGGCUACUCGCCUCCACCAGCGGCUGCAGCUGCACGGAAGAGCGCUCCAAAGCGCACGGUGUCCAGGCUGUGGGGAGAAGGGUCAGCUGCAGCAAGGCAGAGCUAGUUGACCUUCCGGAUGCUGGCUUGCUCCCCAACAGGACAGUCACACUGAUACUGAGCCACAACAAAAUCCGAGUUCUUAGAAAUGGAUCCUUCAUUGGACUUAACACUUUGGAUAAGCUGGACCUUAAGCACAACUUAAUCAGCACCAUCAUGCCCGGAGCUUUCCAAGGCCUGUCUGAGCUUCGGAAACUCGACCUCUCCAACAACCGCAUUGGCUGUCUGACUACAGAAAUGUUCCAGGGGCUGACCAAUCUCACUAGACUAAACCUCUCUGGCAACAUCAUGUCGACCCUCAAUCCAGGAGUGUUGGCGGAGCUGCCAUCUCUCAAGCUGGUGAAUUUCAACUCAGACUACUUGUCAUGUGAUUGCGGGUUGCGAUGGGUUCCAAACUUCUUUCGCAGUAGUUCAGCGCGGUUGGGGGACGAAACCCUGUGCGCCUACCCCAGGAGCCUGAGGGGAAAGCCUCUGCGUGGACUGAGGGAAAACCAGCUGAGCUGUGAUGGUCCAUUGGAGCUGCACACCCUGUCGCUGCUGCCUUCCCAGCGUCAGGUGGUCUUCAAAGGUGACCGGCUCCCCUUUCACUGCACCGCUGCCUUUGUGGACAAGAUCACCACCUUACACUGGCGUCACAAUGGACAGGCGGUGACCUCUGACCCAGAAAUGGGUGUCCAGCUGGAGAACAGUGUGCUCCAUGACUGCACCUUCAUCACCAGUGAGCUUAUUCUAUUCAACGUCCAUGUGGAGGCCAGUGGAGAUUGGGAGUGUGUGGUUACUACUGGGCGGGGCAACGUCUCUCGAGCUGUUGAAAUAGUAGUGCUGGAAAACAGUGCCUCCUUCUGUCCGGAAGAUAAAGUUGUCAACAACCGUGGGGAGUUCAGGUGGCCAAGGACUCUGGCAGGCAUCACCUCUCAUCAGUACUGCCUACAGCUGCGAUAUCCCUCCCUGUCUAUGGAGGGUGGAAUGGAGCAGAAGAAGGCCUCUCGAUUCUGUGACCGCUCUGGAAAGUGGCAAGAGGGUGACUACUCCAACUGUCACUACACCAACGGCAUCACUCGUGUCCUGCAUACCUUCAUCCUAAGGCCCAUUAAUGCAUCCAAUGCUGUCACUGUGGCACAUCAGGUGCGAACAUACACUCUGGAGGCUGCAGGUUUCACCGACUCUGUGGAUGUGCUGUAUGUGGCACAGAUUUUGGAGAAGUUUUUGGAAUAUGUCAGACAGCUGAGAGAGUUGUCUGAGGUGAUGGUUGAGAUGGGCAGUAACCUGAUGCAGGUGGAUGACCAGAUUCUUGCACUUGCCCAGAGAGAAAAGAGAGCCUGUAGUUCUAUUGUCUACUCUCUAGAGACCUUGGCUUGGCCUCAGCUACACAGUCAUGCUCAAGACUUUUCUAUGGUGUCUAAAAACAUUGUGAUGGAAGCCCAUCUAAUUCGACCGGCCCACUUCACUGGUAUAACCUGCACUGCGUAUCACCGUUGUGAGGUAUUAGCAGGCCAUCCAGGAGUGGAAACGUCAGAGUCUGUCCAUGGACAACAGCUUCAUUUCCACUGUAGCACUGGUUCCCAUAACACCUCUCUCAACAACUUUCCCCUCAAGAAUUCUAUAGCCUUGGCCUCUGUGACUCUUCCAGCUACUCUUUUUCCUCCUGAUGCUGCUGAAGACUGUAAACUACAGUUUGUAGCUUUUCGAACAGGCAGCUUUUUUCCUCUGUCUGGAAACUCAAGUAGUACUGUUGAAUACUCUCGCAGACGAAGUGUCAACACUCCCGUCAUCUUUGCAGGCCUUGACGGUUGCAGCAUGUAUAACUACUCUGAGCCUAUCUGGGUGUCUCUGCGCCACUUGUCACCUGGCACUGAUGCUGUGGCGGCCCACUGGAGCCUUGAGGGACUGGAGAAGCAGGAAGGCUGGAAUCAGGAGGGCUGUCAGCUUGUCCAUAGUGAUAGCAGUAUCUCCACGAUGCGCUGCUCUCUGCUUGGCAACUAUGGCGUGCUGCAGGAAGUGCCUGAGUUUCCCAACCCCAAUACAAACUCUGUGAGGGUGCUCCAUCCUGUGGUCUACGCCUGCACUGCACUGCUCCUCCUUUGCCUCUUUACCAUCAUUAUUACACACAUACUACAUCACAGCUCGAUUCAUAUAUCAAGAAAAAGUUGGCACACGUUGCUGAAUACCUGUUUCCACAUCGCUAUGACAACAGCAAUCUAUGCAGGAGGCAUUAGCUUGACCAGCUAUCCUGUGGUUUGUCAGGCAGUGGGUAUUUCUCUGCACUACUCCUCCCUGUCAACGCUGCUGUGGAUUGGUGUCAGUGCCAGGGUAAUUUACAAAGAAGCUGUGUGGAGAAUGCCACGGCAGACGGAGGAAGAUUCUCCUGUACCACCUACUCAGCGACCCAUGCUGAGGUUCUAUUUAAUAGCUGAUGGAGUUCCUCUUAUCAUUUGUGGGAUCACUGCAGCUGUCAAUGUUAACAACUAUGGAGACAACAGCCCUUACUGCUGGUUGGUUUGGCGCUCCAGCCUGGGUUCUUUCUUUGUCCCUGCGGGCCUAGUGGUGUUGGUGACCUGGAUUUAUUUCCUGUGCACUGUGUUCCGCCUGAGGCAUCGUGUGACCAAGGAAUGCACAGGAACCACCCUGACCUCCCCUGGAACUGAGAGCCAUCCUGGACUGGCAGGAAGCACCAGCCUGCUCUCCACUGACUCAGUGGUGGGACCUAUAACCCCAGCUGCUCCUCCAGAGGACCAAUACUCCCUGAAGACACAGUUCUCUGUGUUGGUAGCCACCCACUUCCUGUUUGUGGCUCUGUGGUGUUGUGGGGCCAUGGCAGUGUGGCUGGCAGGCCACAUUAGCUUGCUAUUCAGCUGCCUCUACGGGGUAGUUGCUACAGCUUUGGGGGUGUUUCUAGUGGCACAUCACUGCUUUCGACGUCUGGAUGUGCAGGCAUCAUGGCUCUCUUGCUGCCCAGGCUAUCACCGCUCACAUCCUAUGUCUACUUACACACACACCUGCACAACUGGGAGUGGAGUGCAGACCUCAGAGCAGGGAUCCCAGCUUUUUAUCAGCUGCCAUCCACCAGCUGACUCUCAUAAUUCCUCAUCAGCCAGGUCAUCUUCCACGCCAAGUGGGAUCAGCAGUGUUGGACCUGGGCCUUGCAAGCUCACCAACUUGUUGCAGGUGGCACAAGACAGUCCAAUCAACACUUCACGUGCCCCUACAGGCAACAAUACAAGCACGAGUACUGACAACAUCACCAAGCCAACGAACAAUGUUCUGCCUUCUAUUAACUCUGCAGUUCAUGUACAUCCCCAGAGAAGAAAAAUAAGUGGCAGAACUAAACAAGGGAGUAGUCAGUAUUAUCAUCGGGGGGAGGGGAGAGGCCACUAUCGUCUUAAAGCUCUAAGGACUGCUGGUGGUGGGGGCAGUCUUGGAGCUUUAGGACCCCCAGGUUUAGAGCACCUCAGUUCAUCACAUGGUGUCUAUAAACAAGCCACAAGUGAGAAUGGUAGCAUCCACCACAGUCUCUCAGAGAACCAGGCCAAUUUGCUCACAAAUGGAAAGCGAGUAGGAGAGUCAGCGGCCACUAGCCCAUCGGAGGGAAGUGAUGGGGGAAGCAGUGGGAGCCGCAAACCCUUCCCUCUUCCACCCUCUGUGGCCAGCAGAGUGGCUAUGCAUGGUGCUCAGAGACGAUGCUCCAGCAGAGACAAUUUAAAGGUGGCAGCAUCUGCAGAGAGAGAAACAAAGCGCUGCUCCUACCCUUUGAACAGUGUCACCAACACCGUGCCAGGGGCUGCUGCCCCAAAUGGCACCCUGAAAACCUCAGUGCUAGAGCUCGAGCAGGACAUGAGUGGCACAGACCAGUCCCAAAGUUCGGUUGGAAUGAAGAGUGGUUUGUGGAAAAGUGAAACAACCGUUUAAACUUACACUUACAGGUGAACAUCUAUGCAUGACCUUAGUAAAAUGAUUGGGUUAUAUUUUAAUGGUCUCGUAAUGAUUUUAUAAUUUAAAAUAUAAUAUCAUGCAGGCAUCCAGGACCCACAACUGGUACUUUUGCCUCUGUAGCAAUGUAAGUUUGCUGUGAAAUAUUAAGGCAGGUUUUUCUUUUUGUCAUUUUCAAGCAUAAGAUAAACAUUUAUUUUAUUCAUUAGAAAAUAUGUAAAAGAUUUUUCUGAAGUUGGCAUAUGAUGUUAAUUUUGGAUGUCUAAUGAAAGCUUUAUUGUCUUAGUUGUAAUUUUUCUAUGCAUAUCAACUAUAGCAUGAAAUGGAAUUUGAGAUGGUCCAUUUCCAAAUUACAGCUAUAUGCAUUUAAUCUAAGGGCAACCUUUCACCCUUAUGUUUGCUUCAAAUGAUUGUAUGUGCUCAUGUAUGCACUUGUUUUUCGAGUGUGUGUGUGUAUGUGUUUGCGUGUGUGAGUGUUUGUGUAUAUGGACACACACAAUGAAGGAUGACUUGUAUGACUGUGGCUGUACAGAAUUAAAAAUGUUAUGUGAGACCUUU